CCCCGCGUUCCUGCGGCGCCGGGACAGGACACCCUCUCUCUGUGCCCCGCAGUGGUCGGGAGCGCUUUUUCUCGUUUUCCCCUUUGCUCAGGCGCGGCGCGGGCAGCCCGGCGGGUGGGCACGGCGCGAAGGCCCCGUCGCGCGGCUGUCGGGGCUGACGUGUCGGUGGGGAGCGGCGGCGGCGGCGGCGGCGGCUCGGCCAGGCCUGGCCUGGCGCGGCAGGACCAUGUCGAAGGUUACCUUCAAAGUGACGCUCACCUCGGACCCGCGGCUGCCCUACAAAGUGUUGAGCGUGCCUGAAAGUACGCCUUUCACAGCUGUCCUGAAGUUUGCUGCGGAAGAAUUCAAAGUUCCUGCAGCAACAAGUGCCAUUAUAACAAAUGAUGGAAUAGGAAUAAACCCUGCACAGACAGCAGAGAAUUCAAGAAGAGUUCUUUGGAGGGAGGAGAUACAGAAGGGACAAGGAAAUGUAUUUCUAAAGCAUGGUUCAGAUCUACGGAUUAUUCCCAGAGAUCGAGUUGGGAGUUCUUAACAACUACUGAAAGCUUUGGAAUAAGUGACAUUACCAUGCAGCCAAGUUGUAUUUAUUUUGGAACUCAGCUAAUGAAUUGGCCUUCUUAAAGCUAUCAAAAAUGACUCCCUAGGGUUUGAUCUUUCUUUAAAUAGAGAUAAGGUUUCACUGUCUUGUUUAAAAUGUAUUAAAUCAUACACUCAUUCUUGUUUGACAAGUAGAAGAAUGGGCUGGUUCCAUGUUACUUUCUUGAAUGAAAGAUGGACCUCUCCAAAAGUGUUACUGAAACCAGAAGGGCAAGCCCACAACCACGAUCAAGAGAUCUAAAAUAUUCUGUAUUUUGAGCCUACUCGGUGGAAAGGAGAGAUGUUUAUGAUUUUGCUACAAAGAAAUUGUUCUUUACUGAGUGCUAAACAUUUUUUCUCUAAACCAUGAUACAUACUCCCACAUUCAGAAGAACAGUUUGUCCCAUGUUCUAAUAUUUAGCUCAAAUAGAAGGGAAAUUUCGGGGAUUUAUUACUGAAAUAAGUGAAUAGCUGCCAAAUGUUCCAAAGUAAUUGUAAGAUGCUGAAGUUAUUUUAGAUAAAGGAAAAUACAGAGAUAUCUGUGUUAAAAUUUCAUUUGACAUUUAGUGAAGUUAAAUUAAACACAGUUUCAGAGAAUUUGAGAUCCGAUCUCCUCAAAUGAAGUGCCAUCAGCUGAAAAGGGUUGCAUCAUAAUUUGGGAAUAUAUACGUAUUGGUCAAAUAUGUCAUUCCUUUUUCAGUAAACUAAUUCUUUUUCUUUGUAAAAGUCUUGUUUUGUUACUGUGUGUUACAAGGGAACCAUGUAAAAUUCACAGAAAUGUUUGUGUUCAGGUAAAGUACUUGUUUAUAAAUUGCCUGAGGUAAACUCUCAAAUGUGUAUUUUAAUUAGAGAAAUUAAUACUGCUGUUUUUUUUGGACUAGUAAUAUUAUUUUGUAAUUUAAUAUAUUUGGCAAAAUCUUACUCUGUUGCAUUUUGUGUCUUAUUGAGAUUGUUACAAAUAUAACUGUCCUGUGCAAUAAUCAUGUUCCAAAAGGAUAUUCAGAUAAUAGUGGCAGAUGUUAUAGAAGUACAAAAUGCCUUUCUGAGUUGGCAUGAAGUAAGCACAUAGAGGAAAACUCUUCUGAAAGUGAUAUUUGAGAAUAAACAUUUUCCAACUCUAAAACUUAAUUGUAAAAUUCUGGGUUUUCCUUUACUUCAAUAAAUGAUAUGAACAAAAAGAAAGUUGAAGCUGUUUGUUCCUUUGUCAUUUUCUUAGUUAGAUUUUGACAACAAAUGAAAAACUCUGUCCUCUGACCUUUUAAUCAACAAGUGACAGUCAAUUUGAGAUUCAUUUCAAGCGGAAAGAUUCUUAUUACAUGGAAUUCUACAGAACACUGAUUUUAAGGGCAGAGUUCAUAGUUUCUAUUAAGGUAAUGCCACUGUAUAAUUAGAAUGAACAAGAUUAAUUGCUUCUAAUUACUGUCUGCAAAAUUAUUGGCUGAAUACCUGAAAAAAACACCUGGUACUAGAAUAUAACAAAUAGGAAGUUUCCUUUCCUGUCUAAAGAUGCAGUAAAGUUUUAGAAAGGCUAUCAUGGUUAAACACAAUUUGAAACUGAGAUAAUUUGAUGUUUAUGUAGAAGAAGGCUGAGUAAAAUAAUUUCAAAUGAUGACUAAUAUUUACUACACUUAUUUAGGUAAUAACACUGAUAUCAUAAAGUAUUUGACAUUUUGUGUUGUAAGUUUUUAUAUAUAUUUAUAUAUAUAUAAAAAACAUAAAAAGGAACAAUAAAUAAUCUUUGUAGUA